AUGUCCCUCGCCGAGGUCAUCAGCCUCUGGAAUGAAGGAGUGCUGGCAGCUGACAAGAAGGACUGGAAGGGAGCCCUGGACGCCUUCACUGGGGUACAGGACCCCCACUCCAGGAUCUGCUUCAAUGUGGGCUGCAUACACACGAUUUUGGGGAACCUGCCAGAGGCGGAGAAGGCCUUCACCAAAAGCAUUAACCGAGACAAGCACUUGGCAGUGUCCUACUUCCAGCGAGGGAUGCUCUAUUAUCAGAUGGAGAAAUAUGAUUACGCCAUUAAAGACCUUAAGGAGGCUUUGACUCAGCUUCGAGGGAACCAGCUGAUCGACUACAAGAUCCUGGGGCUACAGUUCAAGCUGUUUGCCUGUGAGGUGUUAUAUAACAUUGCUUUCAUGUAUGCCAAGAGGGAGGAAUGGAAAAAGGCUGAAGAACAUUUAGCGUUGGCUGCGAGCAUGAAGUCUGAGCCUAGACAUUCCAAAAUCGACAAAGCCAUGGAAAGCAUUUGGAAACAGAAGCUGUAUGAGCCGGUAGUGAUCCCUGCGGGCAGGCUCUUUCGGCCGAACGAGAAGCAAGUGGCUCAGCUGGUCAAGAAGGAUUACCUAGGCAAGGCCACGGUCGUGGCGUCUGUGGUAGACCAGGACAGCUUCUCAGGGUUUGCCCCCCUGCAGCCACAGGCAGCUGAGCCUCCACCCAGGCCAAAAACCCCAGAGAUCUUCAGGGCCCUGGAAGGGGAAGCCCACCGUGUGUUGUUUGGGUUUGUGCCUGAGACCCCAGAGGAGCUGCAGGUCAUGCCGGGGAACAUCGUCUUUGUCUUGAAGAAGGGCAAUGAUAACUGGGCUACGGUCAUGUUCAACGGGCAGAAGGGGCUUGUUCCCUGCAACUACCUUGAACCAGUUGAGCUGCGGAUCCAUCCUCAGCAGCAGCCCCAGGAAGAAACCUCCCCCAAGUCUGAUAUCCCAGCUCCCCCGAGUUCCAGUGCUCCUGGAAGACCCCAGUUGUCACCAGGUCAGAAAGGAAAAGAAGAGCCCCAGGAAGUCAAGCUCAGUGUCCCCGCGUCCUACACACUCAAGGUGCAUUACAAGUACACGGUGGUCAUGGAGACUCAGUUCAGGCUCCCCUACAGCCAGGUCCGGGACAUGGUGGCUAAGAAGCUGGAUCUCCUGCCGGAACACACGAAGCUGAGCUACCGUCCUCGGGACAGCAACGAGCUGGUGCCUCUUUCAGAAUUCAGCAUGAAGGAUGCUUGGGCCCAAGUGAAAAACUACUGCCUGACGCUGUGGUGUGAGAACACCGUGGGUGACCAGGGCUUUCCAGAUGAACCCGAAGAAAGCAAAAAAUCUGAUGCUAAUAACCAGACAACAGAACUUGAGCUUAAGGAAGGGAGCAAAGUGGUAGCUCUCUUCAGUUAUGAGGCUACCCAGCCAGAAGACCUGGAGUUCCUGGAAGGGGACAUAAUCCUGGUGAUAUCAAUGGUGAAUGAAGAAUGGCUGGAAGGGGAGUGCAAAGGGAAGGUUGGCAUUUUCCCCAAAGCUUUUGUUGAACAACAUGCAGCUACAGACUUGGAAAGCACACCCAGAAGAGUCUAGGAUGUUUCA